AAAUAAAAAAUAAAAAAAAAAAUAUGUAAAAAAAAAAAAUAAAUAAAUAAAUAAAUAAAUAAAAAAUAAAAAUCAAGAUGGAUACCAAUACCUAGUUUUAUAAUUUGUGAAAAGUAUAUUUACAGAAAUGACCUUUUUUAGAAAAUUCAGGACCCAACUAAGUUUUGGAUCAAAAAGGACCUGUCAUUGCCAUUCCAAAGUACACCAAGCCUGGCAGGUCAGCUUUCUAAAUUUCUGGAUUUAAAAAUUGUGUUUUUGUUUAUUUUGUUCAGGAUGACCAAUGGUAGGCUCUACUGCUUGCAUUAUAUUUCCAGUCCAGGCUAAUUGGAGACUUCCUCCACUCAAAAUAAGGCAUCUAGUUCAUCUUUAUUACGAAAUGAAAAUGGUAUUGAUGCGGAGCCAGCUGAGGAGGCAGUUAUUCAAAAACCUCGGAGGAAGACAAAGAAAACCCAGCCAGCAGAAUUGCAGUAUGCCAAUGAGCUAGGAGUAGAAGAUGAAGACAUCACUGAUGAGCAAACUACUCUGGAACAGCAGUCUGUAUUCACUGCACCUACUGGCAUUAGCCAGCCUGUAGGCAAAGUAUUUGUGGAAAAAAGCCGGAGAUUCCAGGCCGCUGACCGUUCAGAGUUGAUAAAGACCACAGAAAACAUAGAUGUGUCAAUGGACAUGAAGCCUUCCUGGACCACCAGAGAUGUGGCACUUACGGUGCACCGGGCUUUCAGGAUGAUUGGUCUCUUUUCUCAUGGAUUCUUGGCCGGCUGUGCUGUGUGGAAUAUUGUUGUGAUAUAUGUUCUAGCAGGAGAUCAGCUGUCCAACCUCUCAAACCUUCUGCAACAAUACAAGACCCUAGUGUAUCCAUUCCAGAGUCUUCUGUACUUGCUUUUGGCUCUGAGUACAAUUUCAGCUUUUGACAGGAUUGACUUUGCUAAAAUAUCAGUAGCAAUCCGAAAUUUUUUGGCCCUGGAUCCUACAACUUUAGCAUCUUUCUUGUACUUUACUGCUCUUAUACUAUCUCUGAGUCAGCAAAUGACAAGUGACAGAAUCCACCUUUACACACCUUCUUCUGUUAAUGGUAGCCUCUGGGAAGCAGGAAUUGAGGAACAGAUUCUCCAGCCAUGGAUUGUGGUGAAUCUCGUGGUGGCUCUUCUGGUUGGAUUAUCUUGGCUAUUUUUGUCUUAUAGGCCAGGCAUGGAUCUUAGUGAAGAGUUAAUGUUCUCCUCAGAGGUGGAAGAAUAUCCUGAUAAAGAUAAAGAAAUCAAAGCCUCUUCAUAAUACCAGCUCACCUUUGGAGGAAUAAUGACUCAGUAUUUGUCCCACUUGUGUUUUUAAAUGUAUUUUUAUAAGAUGUAUACAUGUGUAUUUGUAAUAGAUUUUUUUGAUUAUAUAAUACUGAAACAUCUCUCAAUAUUAUGAAAAAUGUUAAAAUUGUAUUUGUUAUUUAUGUCCAAAUAUUUGUAUAGCAUUAUCAUCUUAAUGACAAAGGGAAUAAUGAACUAGAAACCAGCAAGUGAAAGUGUUUAUUUCCUGUUUUCUCAAAACAGUUGUAUUUAUAACUAUUAUCUUAAAAAGCACUGGUUUAGAAAAAGCCAUAACUUAAAUAGUGUUAUAAAAUAUAUAUCAGUUUUAAACAUAAAUUUAGUGAAUAUGGUAGAAGGGAAAAAAAGCCUUCAUUUUUGACCUCCUCUAACUGAAUAAAUUGAAAUAUGAAAUUUAUCUUUUCUGAAACUGGCUUAGUGAUUGAGUAUCAUAUAAUAAUUAUAAUUUAGCUUUAAAGAUGCUUUACAUCAUGGCCAAUAAAAAGGGAAUGUAUCUUCUGUU